ACAGACAGUAUAGAUACGCGGAGGGCACUCUAGUGAGUGGCAGUCGGUCUAGGUGGAUGCUCCCGGCUGUUGCAGAAUUGUGUUGAGACGACAGCGCACUAGAUACGAACAACUUCGCAUGUCCUGUCUAUCCAUUUGAACAUAUAACCAGGACUGAUCGUCAUUGUAAUUUAAUUGAAAUUAACCAUCGCACAAAGAAGCAUGUCUCUUAUUGAGGAAUACGAGGAAGGAGAAUACGAGAGAGCACCCAAGCGACUUAAGACGGUAGAGGUGGAGGAGGGCGAGGACUUGGAGGAGGGCGAGGAUUCAGAUUCGGCAUCUGCAGGGCUGCUAGGAGACGAGGAAGAUGUUGCUCAGGCAGGUGCAGAGAAACGGACCCACUGGUCCGCCCCAAAAUAUGGAUCUGGAAGGAAGGACAAUGGAGACGACGCUCACCGGAUCGCUCCCUCCCCUGUGGUGCACGUUCGCGGGCUCUGCGAGUCGGUGGUGGAGGCCGACCUGGUGGAAGCUCUGGAGAAGUUCGGCACCAUCUGCUACGUGAUGAUGAUGCCCUUCAAGCGGCAGGCGCUGGUGGAGUUUGAGGGGGUGGAGAGCGCGGACAAGUGCGUGGCGUGCGGGGCCAGCGAGGCCGUCUACAUCGCCGGGCAGCAGGCCUUCUUCAACUACUCCACCAGCAAGAGGAUCACGCGCCCCACCAACUCCGACGACCCCAACAGCGGGAACAAAGUGCUGCUGCUGUCCAUACAGAACCCGCUCUACCCCAUCACUACGGAUGUUUUGUACACGGUGUGCAACCCCAUCGGUAACGUGCUGCGCAUCGUCAUAUUCAAGCGGAACGGGAUCCAGGCCAUGGUGGAAUUCGAAACGGUACAAAAUGCGCAGAAGGCGAAGGCGGCGCUGAACGGGGCGGACAUCUACGCCGGCUGCUGCACCCUGAAGAUAGAGUACGCCCGGCCGACGCGCCUGAACGUCAUCCGGAAUGACAACGACAGCUGGGACUACACCAAGCCGUACCUCGUCAGACGAGAGCGGGGGAAAGGGAGGCAGCGGCAGGCCAUCCUGGGAGCGCACCCUUCCUCUUUCAGCGACAACGGCUACGGGCCACACUGCCCCCUGCUGCCACUUCCCAGCAAUAACAGGUAUAAGAGGACGUCCCACGACAUCCCUGACGUGGUGGCCUACCCCCUGCCCCAAACCUCCUCUUACAUGGGACACGCCUCCAGCUCCGUCGCCAUGGUGAGCGGCCUCCAUCCCGCCAAGAUGAACUGCACCCGCAUCUUCAACCUCUUCUGUCUCUACGGCAACAUCGAGAAGGUGAAGUUCAUGAAGAGCGUGCCGGGCACCGCCCUGGUGGAGAUGGGAGAUGAGUACGCUGUGGACAGAGCCAUUACGCACCUGAACAGCAUCAAGGUGUUCACCAAGAGGCUUAACGUCUGCGUAUCCAAGCAACACGCCGUCAUCCCCAGUCAGGUGUUCGAGCUGGAGGACGGCACCAGCAGCUACAAGGACUUCGCCAUGACCCGAAACAACCGCUUCACCAGCGCGGGGCAGGCCUCCAAAAACAUCAUCCAGCCGCCGUCCUGCGUGCUGCACUUCUACAACGUCCCGCCCUGCGUCACCGAGGAGGAGCUGCAGAGGUUAUGUACAGAGCACGAUGUACCCGGUUUCAUCAAGUUCAAAGUGUUUGACGCAAAACCCUGCUCAAAAACCAUCUCCGGGCUGCUGGAGUUCGACAGCAAGACGCACGCCGUGGAGGUCCUGACCGUGCUGAACCAUUUCCAGAUCAGAAUACCAAAUGGUUCCAACCCCUACACCCUGAAGCUGUGCUUCUCCACCUCCUCACACCUCUGAUACUGGGGCUGCAGCGCCCCCUGCAGGCUUUGGGUGAAGAUGGUGGAGCCCCCAGAGAGAACAGGGAACUGCCCCGAGAGGAAGGGCAGAUGGACAGAAGGAAAGAGGGAAGGAUGGAGAGAGAGGCCUUCAUCCUCAAAUGGAGGAGAGAACAUACGCACAUAAGUCUAAAACACUGAAGCGUUGUUUUUUUUUUUGUUUUUUUUUUUAAAUACUGUUUUUUUUUCAUUCGUUCAGUCAAAAUCUAGGAGGGGCCAAAAAAAACAAAACUGGUGACUGAUGGAAAAAUCCCACCCCCCCUUCCCUACCCAACCUGAAUCCCCAUUAUUAAUUCCCAGUGGCCCUUGAGACUGGUGACUGAGAUGACAACUCAGACCGAAUGGAACUUGGCUUUGUUGUGACUUUAGACUGCGGUCUCCUGGGGUAGCCCACUUGGGGGUGAGCGGUAGGGGGGGCGAGGGGGGGGGGCAGGUCUCCCAGACGGUCACCGAUGAUGACUGACCAUUGAACUGACCUCUUGCCAGCCAUGUAAAAAAAAAAGCUAAAGUAAUAACAAAAUAACAAUCAGUGGACGUGAAGCCUAACUCAUUCAGUACUUCUUAAGAACAAACAUGUUUAUAGACUGUAAAAUUUAGAUCACACUGUAAUAUAUAAAUGUGUAUAGUAUUUGAAUCGGGGUUGGGUCAGGGUGUAAUUUAAGACCUGGUGUCUAAGCUAACUGAAGAUUGAGGCCUUGUGCGGUUGGGAAUGGGAGGGGGUGUUGGGUGGGGGUGUGGGGGGGUUUGGGGUUGCGUUUUAGCCACUGUGUUUGUAGCUACGAUGUUCACGCGGAGAAGUCCACGGUCUGUGCAGUCGGUGUUUCCUGUUUCAGUGUUCGUUUCCUUGGCGCGUCGCCGCACCUUGAACUCUCUCACUACGCGCAUGAAAGCCAUUAAAACAUUCGCCAGUCAGCGCUUC